AGAUAGUAAAGAUGAUGAGAUCGAUUAAGUUUACCCCUCUGGAGAAGAUCAGUGUCGCCUCCUCCGCUUCCUAUUCAUUCUAUGCAGUUGUCCUUGAUGCAACCAUUGGGUACAGGAAUUUUGAUAUCUGAGUAUGAUCCCUGAAGAUUAUUGAUCCUACCUGAUACUAUACAAAUGAUGAAGAAGAUAAUGAGUCCACUGUUGAAACUGUGAAUACCGGAUCUUCAAAGAAAACAACUGUAGUUACAAAUACUUCCUUCUGCUGUGUAACCAUAUUUGCUAACAAUGCCGAACAGCUCCCAAGGAUCAAGAAGGUAGGAGAUAUAAUUAGGAUCAUCAAAGCUAAAUGAACAUACUACAAAGGGAUGAAGCAGUUCAAUGUGAAUUUGCAUUACUCCUCCUCGGUAGUAGUCUUUGAUGGUGAUGAGAUGACUAAUGAAGAGUUAAAAGCUUUCCCAACUGGCCGCUACAAGCCAUAUCAUUGUUCUAGGAAGACCUUUGAUUUCACUAAAGAUGAAGAAAAGUUACUUCAAGGUACUAGAGAUUGGUCAAAUGAUUUCUUCAGCAAGAAUAUCGGCUUUCCAUCUGACAUGUUCACAACUCUUGAUAAAGUUAAGGAGAAGAAAUCUGGAGAGAUUGAUGUUCACUGCCAGGUUGUAGCUAUUGAGACUCAGUACGUUGGCCGAGCCAAACUUAGCCUAAGAGACCAGUCCGGUGUCUUGUUCAAAAUGGCUGUCAGAGAGAAGGACCAAUGGGACCUACAUGUUAAUGAUGUAAUCAGGAUUAGAUCUGCCGUAAUAGAUUCUUACAGAGGAUCUAAACUUGAGCUUCAUAUCCAGCCAAAGUCAAACAUUAUGAAAUUCCUGAAGACUUCAAAACUGUCUCAUCAGUUAUUGGAUGAGGUGACUCUUGAUGAGAAAAUCUUAAGAAUGAUGCUGUGUGAUGAAGAGAAGGAAAUCCUUGACCAUAGAAGAUACAUUUCAAAAGUCACUGAUAUGCAUAAGACUUUACCAAUCACAAGUUUGUUCGAGAUCUACCACGGAAAUAGAAUGGAUGGGAAUAUUGCUAGAGCAAAAUUUUAUAUCCUCAAUGUUCAGCCUUACGAUGCUCGAGAGUUUGUGCAAGGAUUUUGUCAUGUAUGAGUUGAUACUUUCAGCCUCAAGAAUCUGGUCACACAUGAUUUACAAGAUGAAGAGACCAAAAGCAAUCAAGUUUAUUGUCCAACUUGUAAGAAUAAGUCAGAACUAAUCUACAUGCUGCAGUUUUUAGUCAAGGAUGACUCAACGGAGCACACUGCUCAGUUCUAUAAAGUUUUGCUAUAUUCCUUCCAAGGAAAAUGUGAUAGAUUUUUCGGUGGAAACAAACCUGUGAAUUUAUACAAAAAUGAGAAAUCUUGUGAAAUUCUUAAAAAGUAUGUCAAACUUCUGACCAAGUUCAACAUCUACAUUGAUGGGGUACUUGAGAAACGCCAGGAAUCUCCAAAGAGCCCUCCAUACUUCCUACUGGUCGAAACAGAACUGGAAAGGAAGUACAUUGAAGCAUUCAUCAGAUAA